AUGGUUCAUCCAUUGGGACACCAGCAAAUUUCCAAGGCAACAAGACGAGACCACCAAAAUCACUUGGGGCUGAAUCGCAGCCAGAGUAGAGAAUGGAAAAAUCCGUACCUGAUGAAGGACUUCCCCUUGGUGCUGGUCGUGGCAUUAGGUGCUAUCAAAAGAAGGUGGGAUCGCAGACCUCGGAGCACGGAGGCCUUCACUGCCUGCAUGGAAGAAGAAGGCGUUGGAGCGGGAGGCCCGCGAGGCCCGGCCGCGUGGCUCAGCCCGACCCUUUCUCCUUGUCUUCUUCCCCAACCGGAUAAGCAGCACGCGCCGGAGAAGAGGACGCGCGCGACGCCGGAGCAAAAUGGAGGAACAAUAGCGCACGUGGAGCAAGGGGGCGGCCGGCAUCAGAUAAGGACGUGCGGGGAGCAGCAGGCGUCGGAUGGGACACUGGUUUGGCUGUCGAAGGCCGCUCGCUGCUACUGCCCGACGCCACUGCUCACCCACGCCGCUGCGACCCGCGACCCAGCUGCUGCUCGCCGGUCACCGUCGUCCCGCCAGCGCCCGACGCCUACUGCGGCUGCGACGACCCAAACGCUCACCACUGCUGCUGUCGCUCUGCACGACGCCUCCGCCGCUGCUGCUUUCCCUUCGCCGACGCUUCCGCUCGCCGUCUGCGGGACCUCCGCCGCAGCAGUUCGCCUCCCGCCGCGCCUCUGCCUGCCUUCCUCCCGCUCGGAGCCCGACGCCGCCGCGCCUCUGCAACCCGCGACCGCCCCCUCGCCGAGCCUCUACCGCGUCUCCGCUCACCACCGCGCCUCACCGCGACCUGCAACUCGCCCGCUGCAGCCCACUCGCCACCGUCCUCCUUCCGGCGCACCACCGCCACCCUGCCGGUCCCGCCCGCGACGUGCAGCACCGUCGCCCCGCCGCGCCUUCUCCACGAGCCGCUACCUACAACCCUCUGACGAACGCCUCCGAGCGCCGACGCCACCAGCAGCCCGCAGCAACCAGCCCGUCGCCGCUGCUUCUGUUUUCCGUUCCUCCGCUGGUCGCCGUGCCGCACCUCCGUGCCAGCCCGCGCCACCGACGCCGCAAACGCCGCUUCGCCCGCUCGCCGAAGCCGUCGCUGGUCCACCUGUCAACGCGUUUGCCGCGCGUCGUGUUGAGUUCCCCUUAGGCACGAUAGAUCCUCCUUGUGGUUUAAUGGUAGACUCAGAUCUUUUAGAUCCAGGGACCCCGGAGUAUUCAGUCGAAUACUCAAAUGGUUAG